AUGUCAACCUUAUUUAAUCGUCAGCCUCUGACUCAAUUUUUCAAUAAUAACAACAAUCAAUUCAUACCACAACAAUCGCAGCAACAACAAACAACAACAAAUACCCAACCACAAUUAUUUCAAGCUCGUCAACCACAACAAGUACAGCCAGCAUGGCUACAAUCUCAACAUAACCAGAAGAAAAGAGUUAUACCUAAUCAUUUAGUACCACACAAAAAAUCAAAUUUCCAAAUUAAUGCCCCAAGCUCAUCAAAAUCAAAUAAAAAUGCGAAUAAUCAAUCACUGUCAUCAAUGUUGGUAUCGAAUGACCAGUUCAAUAUUGUCUCGUUUGGAAAUAAUCGUAAGCAUACCAUUGGAAAUGGAACUGUUGAUCGAAGUUUAAGUGCAUUAUUUGAUUCGGUAGGUGGAGACCUUAGUCGUUUUGAUGAGACUAUGAACGAAAGUUUUCAAGAGGAUGACACAUUACUUAAAAAUAAUGAAAACCAAGUUGAUGCCCCUCCUUUAAGAUCAAUGUACGACUUAAACGAAGAUUCCUUCGGAUUAAGCAAACCAGCAAGAAAAUUAUCAAAUUCAAUAAACAAAGACCCCAAAACUUAUAACAAUUUAUUCACAAGAUUUGAAGCUAAUGAAGACAAAGUGGACAAAGAUAACAAGGGGGAUGAGAAGAAAAAAGCUUUCAUUACAGAUUUAGAUUCUAACGCUAUAAUAGUGUUUGGAUAUUCUGAAAAUGCAUCUAUUCAAAUAAUACAAUUUUUUAAACAAUUUGGGACUAUACUUGAAAAAUUCACCGAUAUAUCAAAUUCAACUGAAUCAGCAAAUCUUUUGAGUACUCUCGAAAAAGAGCAAACAAAUGUGGAUAUAUUUACAGGGCCAAAUUGGAUAAAAAUUACCUAUGAUAAUCACAAUUCAACAUUAAAUGCAUUACAAGAGAAUGGGUCUGUUUUUAAUGGAAAUUUAUUGGGUGUUGUACCUUUCCAUAAGAGUGUGAUUGAAAAAUUAGAAAAAAAUAGAACAUUUGUGAAUGAAAAUAUAAAGGACUUAUCAACUCCAUUAAAAUUUGACAAAAAAACGACAUCGAAUAAUUCGAAGCUUGAUGAGACAAUAAUUACUCCACCUUCAUCAUCUACGUCAAAUUCUGGUUCAAAUAAAUCAACAUACAUCAAUAGAUUAGAUAUUAAAGAAGGAACUAGUUUUUUCGUCAAUGCAGACGAAAAAAAAGAAGAAAAUAACAAAAAUCGAAAUAAUAAAAAAUCAAAUUUAAACUUGAUAUCAACUAUAUCCAAAUAUGUUUUUGGAUUUCAUGAUUUGUAG